AUGUCACAUCUCUUGCGCUCUCGGAAACCGUACGUGCCAAUUGAUACAUGCAGCCCCGCAGGUACAUGGAUUGAAGAAAAACAUUACAACAAGGAGCGGCACAAAGACGGUGCAACGUGCUCGCGAAAGGUCCUCUGUGGAAACUGGCAGGAGGAAAAAGUGCUGGAGGAUGAUCUCCUCGCGCAACAACCAGUUCCAUCAGACCCCAAAGGGCAAAUGGACUUUACCUCGACUACAGUACUGCGAGCGAGUCUCGAUGCCAUUCGCCCAGGGAAAAACGAUCGGUUUACUGGCGGUUAUUCAUCUACGCCUUAUGUAACAUCCGAUGCACGAAAUCCCCACUCUCGAUUCCUGCAAACAACAAAUCGUGAGGACUAUUGCGAAAAGAAUGCUGAUCUCCGUACACUUCGACGUCCAGAUUUGGGGGCACGCAGUCGAGUGCUGCUUCAAGUGGCCCUGAACGCCGCACGUGAGGAAAAGAACGCGACAGAAGCUGAGCGUAAGCAACUGACAAACGUUGGAAUGGAUGGUAACAAUGUGUAUCUUUCAACCUACCAGAAGGUUCACUGCCUGCCGGAGGAGUUACCAGUGGUUGAUUCACUUUGCAAUGAUUAUCUCUCAGACGAGCCAAUCACCUUAUAUACUGGUAACCCGGAAACAGGAUGUACGAUGACUGUCCACGGUAAAACGCCCGUAGAGCCCGUAGAGGGGCGGUCGCGGUUCGGUCGCCACACAUACUUCACUGAGCGGAAGUAUUGCCUGUAG